UGCUUCUAAAUUAAUAUGUAUCUAGGCCUGCUGGAAGAAAUCUCUUUUGAACAAAUCUCUUCACCCCCUUUCCCAGUCCCGAAGCAGGGGAGAUCAGCUCUGCAGGAUGAGGUUAUCCCCUGUUGCAGCUGGAACAAAAGCCAGUGCAAGAAGAAAACAAUAACACAUCCUGGAAGCGGGGAAGAAGAGUUUAAAUGGCUUUUGCAAGAGGAGGUUCAUGGUGUCCUGAGACAGCUGCAGGAUAUUCUGAAGGAGGCUUCUCACAGGUUUGCUUUGCCUGUUGGUAGCACAGAAGGACCAGUCAAACAGGAGAACUUCAUGCUGGGCACUUCAAGCGCAGACCAGGUGAAAGGAGUAUUGAUGCUGCAGGGAGAUGCUCUAUGCCAAGCUGAUAUUAAUUUGAAAAUGCCCAGAAAUAACCAGCUCCUGCACUUCACAUUCCGCGAAGACAAGCAGUGGAAAUUGCAGCAGAUCCAGGAUGCUAGAAACCACGUUAACCAAGCAAUUUACCUGCUCACAAACCGAGAUGUAAACUACCAGUUCAAAACAGGCUCUGAGGUCCUCAAGCUGAUGGAUGCGGUGAUGUUACAGCUGACACGAGCUCGGAACCGGCUCACUACUCCAGCCUCCUUGACCCUACCAGAAAUUGCCUCCAGUGGCCUUACGAAAAUGUUCACCCCCGCUCUGCCCUCGGACAUCCUUGUGAAUUUCUACAUCAACCUAAAUAAGCUGUGUUUGACUGUCUACCAGCUCCAUGCACUGCAGCCCAAUUCCACCAAGAACUUCAGACCUACUGGAGGGUCCAUUCUGCAUAACCCUGGAGCCAUGUUUGAGUGUGGCAGCCAAAGAUAUGAAGUCAGCCACGUCCAUAAAGUGGAGUGUGUGGUACCUUGGCUAAAUGACGCCCUUGUCUUCUUCACGGUCUCUCUGCAGCUCUGCCAGCAGCUGAAGGACAAGAUCUCUGUGUUUUCCAGCUACUGGAACUACAGGCCAUACUAAUCCUUCCACAAGAGUUUGACCCUACACGACCCCGACCACUACUGCCCUGCCCCUCUUAGGAGGAAACCCCUGUGUACCAACCUGAGAGGAGUGCCAUGUCGCACUGGCCUGUGUCCUGCCAUACACCAGGGUCAGUGCUUUCCAGAGACAUUACCUGUAGGAGCUGCUUGUGCUUCAGACCUCAGGGUUCAACACAUGGCAGCACUGAGCAGGGCCCCUCGCAGUGCUGUGAUGUGGACUGUGAGCUUGCUCAUGUCUGCGUAGUCACAUGUGGAAUGUUACUUAUUUGCACCUUGCAAGCCCAUAAUGAGUUAUGUGGACCAUGUCCGAGGGGUUGGGGUGAGGGGAAGACCAUGAGCCAGUAAAGCUAAUCUAAUUUGCACAUACCAUCGGGAUUGCUGGACCAUGAACAGAGCUGGGGAGAGACCGAGACAGACAAACACUAACUGGGGCAGGCUGAGUGCUUGUUAAUGUGCAGCACAUCAUGGAUCAAGAGGAUGCUGUUUCAUGCAGUGACCUAGGAUGGUCCAUCAGGGUUUUUGAAUGGCCCCAAGACUCAUUCUUUCCUGUCCCAAACCCUCCCCAGCAUCUGUCCAGAUGUUUCUUGUCAUUCAUUUUGAGAUGUUCUUAUUUGCAGCUGUUACUUCCUUCUCCCUGGCACCAAUGUGACUGUGUGUUACUCCUUGUUUCUGAGCCCCAGGUGAGCCAGUUAUUUCUGUCUGUUAGAAUGUAGCUUCUGUUUGCCAUUUGCACAUAAACCUCUCUCUCCCUAGCACAGGAAUGAGCGGAGCCUCUGUCCGCCGUCUGUGCCAGGCCUUCUGUUGUAUAGUCUCUAUGAUCUACCACAGGGUGACACUAAACACAGAUCUGCAGACAAGACUAUGUUGUUCCUGUGGAAGGAUGGUGGUUGUUAGCUGCCUAACCUAUUGAUGCUACAGUAUAUGAAUCACCCCCAUAACCAGUCAAUAUUUGUGAAAUAAAGUUCCUCAGACCAAG